AGCUAAUUGAAUAUAUGUCGGCAAGAAAGGAAGACAAUAUGAUAUGUGGCACACCGUUGUGGGAGGGUAUACUAUAUGCUGCUUUGGAGCAGCUCGACCAUGUCGGUUUCGAUGUUGAGAGACAAAGAAAAAGAGAAAAAGGCUGGAAGUUGAUGGCCAGGGAAACAAAUCUUGCAAUCGUUCCACACAACGGACAUACAUUAGUGGCACAUGAAACAAUGAACAGUAUGUCAGUUGUUGUACCUCCCGUGCAGACAAUAACGACAGAGGAGAUAGAGGAAGAAGAUAUGUUGAAUGACUUGACAAUGGCUGAACAACAGCGUGAUAGUGGAUUCCAAGAGCCCGAGUUACCAAGUUGUAUUGCAGAGUACACAGGAAAUGCAGAAGAAGAAGAUGAAGAAGAGGAUGACGGGGCAUCAUCUUCUGAGGUGGAAGUGAAUGCUAGCGAUGUCAGCAGCGACGAGGAAGGAGAGGAACGUGAUGUGUACUAUGAUUUGAAGGGGGCGGGUGGACAGGUGACAAAAGGGUGGGCAUAUGCAAUUCUGAGGUUGGCACGUGCUUUUCCCGAUCCGCAAAAAGUGCUGCGUGUUGUGAUGAAGGUGGCAACACCUGAUGGCGCACUGCCUUUCAUGUCUUUACGGACUUUAAACUUACAUCGAGCGAGGGCAUGCCUGGCCACAGUGACCGAAAGAACACCAGGGCAGGAGAUGGGUGUGGUCGAUGAGGCCGGGCCAUCAAGUAUAGGUGCAGUGAAUCUCAUCAGUGAUGAGAGUGAGGAAGUCGGGGCCCCCGACAAUGUAGAGGCGGAGGGCGGGACAUUUGAAGAACAGCAACUGCCGCUUGUAGAGUAUUUCGACAAUUCUCACAAGUUGGCGGCACUAAUUUUCUCUGCCAGGGGCGGUGUCGAUGUCUGGGAGCAUCACCACAUGAAGUUCUGCAAACAACCAUACCUGUCAUCAAACAAGCGGAAAACUUCAACCCAGAUGGUGAACCAUGUAAGCCGGUCACUGGCAUUGCACGACAAGAUAAAGAUCGUAAGGAAACGAAGCAAGAGAACGGGUGAGAACCGGUCGUCCGUGACAGACUGUAUGGCGAACGGAAUGAACACCUUGGCACUACACGAUACAGCAACUCUGCAACUGCGGUGGUUCGACAUCGAGGACGAGUACAUACAGGAGGAAGAAGGCAUUGACAACCUUGCGUGUAAGAUACUCAAAGAGCUUCCUUGCAGACUCAAUUUUCGAGCUGCGCUGACGACGUACAUGGUGGAGAAUGAUUGUCAACCUCCUUCUGACCAACUGCUCAUACACACACGGACACACCUCGUCAUUGCCUCCGUACAGGAUGAAACAAAUAGGGGCAUGCUUGUUCAAACUGCAAGAGCUUCACCAGAGUUUCAUGGGAGAGCAUUGCAUAGUGAUGUGGCAAUUAGAGCAGGCAAUGAAUGCAUAUUGUUUGCAUCUGUGGCCAUGUUUUUUGUCGUGAACACACCCACGGACAACGGUAAUGUUGAACACAGCCGCCCGACAGCGGUCCAAGAGGAAGCAGAAGACGAAGACGAGCAGUCCAUAUCAAAAAAGUCGGACGGAGAGGAAGACAAGGCAAUGAGCGACGAGGGAAGUGACAAUGAAACUUUCGGUGGAGAUUCUCAUGAUGCUGACGAGACCGAUGACGAGGAAGAGAGGAGCAGCGACGACAUAGCGCAAGAUGAGGACGACGAAGAGGCAGAUGAAGACGGGAGGGGCGCGGAGGAGAGAGAGAUUUCACCAUCUUUGGAAAGAACACGAUGCACAAGCGAACGAUUGCAGAACAAGGAGAGAGACGCACGCGACAUGCCCCCGAAUGAUAGACCACUAGUGAGGAAGGACAACGAAAUUCAAGAAGGAGGAGGAGGAGGAAGGAUGACGAGGAGGAGGAAGGAUGACGAGGAGGAGGAGGAGGAGGAGGAGGAGGAGGAGGAGGAGAAGGCGGAGGAGCAAGAGGAGGAAGAUAACGAGGACGACGAGGGGGAGGACGAAGAAGACGAGGCGGAGGAGGACGAGGAGGAGAGGGACGAGGAGGAGCAGGAGAGGAGGAGGCGACAAAAGGGGGGUCAGGGGAGGAGGGGGGUCACGGGAGGAGGGGGGUCAGGGGAGGAGUGGACAGAGGAGGAGGAGGAGGAGGAUGGUAAGGAGGAAGACGACAACGAGGAGGAGGAGGAGGAGGAGGAAGAGGAGGAGGAGGAGGAGGAUGGCGAGGAGGAGGACGGCGAAGAGGAGGAGAAGGAGGAAGACAACGAGGAUCGCGAGGGGGAGGAGAAAGAAGACGAGGCGGAGGAGGACGAGGAGGAGAUGGAGGAGGGGGAGGAACAGGAGAGGAGGAGGCGGCGAAAGGGGGGUCAGGGGAGGAGGGGGGAGGAGGAGGAGGAGGAUGGCGAGGAGCAAGACGAGGAGGAGGAAGAGGAUGACGAGGAGGAGGAGGAGGAGGAUGGCGAGGAGGAGGACAACGAAGAGGAGGAGAAGGAGGAAGAUAAUGAGGAUCACGAGGGGGAGGAGAUAGAAAACAAGGCGGAGGAGAACGAGGAGGAGAGGGCGGAGGGGAGGAGCAGGAGAGGAGGAGGCGGUGAAAGGGGGGAGGAGGAGGAGGAGGAGGAUGGCGAGGAGGAAGACGAGGAGGAGGAAGAGAAGGACGAGGAGGAGGAGGACGAGGAGGAGGAGGACGAGGAGGAGGAGGACGACGAGGAGGAGGACGAGGAGGAGGAGGACGAGGAGGAGGAGGACGAGGAGGAGGAGGACGACGAGGAGGAGGACGACGAGGAGGAGGACGACGAGGAGGAGGACGACGAGGAGGAGGACGACGAGGAGGAGGCUGGCGAGGAGGAGGACGACGAAGAGGAGGAGAAGGAGGAAGAGGACGAGGAUCACGAGGGGGAGGAGAAAGAAGACGAGGCGGAGGAGAACGAGGAGGAGAGGGAGGAGGGGGAGGAGCAGGAGAGGAGGAGACGACGAAAGAGGGGAAAAAAAAAAACGGAGAAGGAGGAGGAGGAGGAGGAGGAUGGCGAGGAGGAAGACGCGGAGGAGGAAGAGGAUGACGAGGAGGAGGAAGAGGAGGAGGAGGAGGAGGAGGAGGAGGAUGGCGAGGAGGAGGACGACGAAGAGGAGGAGAACGAGGAAGAGAACGAGGAUCACGAGGGGGAGGAGAAAGAAGAUGAGGCGGAGGAGAACGAGGAGGAGAGGGAGGAGGGGGAGGAGCAGGAGAGGAGGAGCAGGAGAGGAGGAGGCGGGGAGAGGGGGAAGGAGGAGGAGGAGGAGGAGGAGGAUGGCGAGGAGGAGGAGGAGGAGGAGGAUGGCGAGGAGGAGAAGGAGGAGGAUGACGAGGAGGAAGACGAGGAGGAGGAAGAGGAUGACGAGGAGGAGGAGUGGACAGCGACUCACGUUUGCUCUGUAUCUUACGGCGUCGACAAAUUUGCCGGUGAGGAGGGGUACUACGAUUUCUACUUGACCACAUGCUUCGACAGUGGAGGAGUCCAACUGCUGGGGAAUUACAAGAAAGUGUCGCUGCAUUUGUUGAGAUUUGCUGGCUACGGCAUGAACGUUGUGGCAUUGCCCCCGUUUGAUAGGUCGAAGAAACUGAAGGGUCUCGAGAUGGUGGGACCGAUCGAGUUCCUCAGGAAAACGCCAUGCUAUAGACUCACGGGGCUUAAGGUCAAGGUGGGCAACAACGUGCGGUUGUCGAUACCGUUCGUGCCCGCGCACACUUCGAGGGAGGUGUUGGAGGACAUUUUGAGGACACACAAACAUGGGGAGUCUAAGCAAGGUACGCUGCGAUCCGCUCUCGGCGUUGGAGCGAAAGGUGGAACGCAUUCGACAAGGUCGAAGAACACCGCACCAACCGAAAAGGCAUUCGUCACGACGACCGAAACGCCUUCUGCUAAGGAUGGGUUUUCCAAACCCGGGAGCACGAAGGAGAAAACGCCGAAGACCGCCAAGGCGUCAUCAGUCUCUUCUCGUGGGAUGCAGCGUCGGAAAAAGGCUUCAUCUCGUGACAAGGACGAAGAGAAUGCUGWAUGUGACACCCGUGGGGUGCCGUCCUCCAGCCAUUGUCCCGAUGGGGAUGACGGGGAUGACGAAGGUGAGGGGAAGUCGAGUGAAGAGAGCGCCGAGGAAGGAAGUACGCAUAUCGACGCCAGGGAGGACGACGAUCAUGAGCGGGAGAGCGGCGAGGACGAUGGGGACGACAGUGCAAGCGAGGACCAGGGGGGUGAGGAUGAAGGGGAGAACGGCGAGGAGGAAGAGAACCGGGGAGAUGUAGAAGAAACAACUCCACAAGAACAAAGGCAGAGACAAGGAGAGCGAAGAGGAUGAAAGCGGUGGGGAAACAAACCGGGACGUCGAAGUCGCCGGCACACAACCAUCGGCAAACUCGCGCAAAUGAAAAAUGAAGAGUGAG